AUGGCUUCUGCGGCAGCAGCAACAACAGAGAAGGGGUCUCCAGUUGUGGUGGGUCUGCUGGUCGUGGGAAACAUCAUUAUUCUGCUGUCAGGCCUGGCCCUAUUUGCUGAAACGGUAUGGGUGACCGCCGACCAGUACCGCGUGUACCCACUGAUGGGCGUCUCGGGCAAGGAUGACGUCUUCGCCGGUGCCUGGAUCGCCAUCUUCUGCGGCUUCUCCUUCUUCGUGGUGGCCAGCUUUGGUGUGGGCGCAGUACUGUGCCGCCACCAGUCCAUGAUGCUCACGUACCUGGUGCUCAUGCUCACCGUCUACAUCUUUGAGUGCGCCUCCUGCAUCACGUCCUACACCCACCGAGACUACAUGGUGUCCAGCCCAUCCCUGAUCACCAAGCAGAUGCUGACUUUCUACGGCGCAGACUCGGACCAGGGCCGGGAACUCACCCGCCUCUGGGAUCGCAUCAUGAUUGAGCAAGAGUGCUGUGGCACGUCAGGUCCCAUGGAUUGGGUGAACUUCACAUCAGCCUUCCGGGCCACCACCCCAGAGGUGGUGUUCCCCUGGCCCCCGCUGUGCUGUCGACGGACUGGCAACUUCAUCCCCGUCAGUGAAGAAGGCUGCCGCCUGGGCCACUUGGACUACCUGUUCACCAAGGGCUGCUUCGAACACAUUGGCCACGCCAUCGACAGCUACACGUGGGGCAUCUCAUGGUUUGGGUUCGCCAUCCUGAUGUGGACGCUUCCUGUGAUGCUGAUGGCCAUGCGUUUCUACAGCACGUUGUGA